AACUCCACUUCCAAAUGCACCCUCUACCUUCCAAAUCCCCUUAUCCACCCAUCCUUCCAACUUUCUCGAUCACUUCUCCUUCCCAAAACCCUCUCUUCACUUCCCAAGCCAGGCUCCCAAAAUCUUCUUCCUGUCAGGCCAGGCCCAGCCAAGGAAGGAUGGACUUUAGCAACAAAAUAAUUAAGGAAAGGAGACAGUCAAGAGAGACACCCAAAUUUCCUCAUAAGAAGUCUACUGUCAGAAAAUCACUAAGCUUGCUUGCAAAGAAGGCAUAUAGAGUCCAUCGUAAAGCUCUGCCACCAAUUAUUACUAAAGAAGGACUUAAAAACUAUAAGAGUCAUUUAUAUAAUCUUGAUCAAGACUUCGAAGAUUUCCUCAAAAAUGGUCAUAUUUCCUUUCUAAAGAAUAUUAAUAAGUCCUUUGAACCUUACAAGAAUACCAAAUCAUUGAUGUGCGACCAAGUCUAUCUGAAGAAUUGAGACAAGAAAAUGAAGCAAAACUUUAUAAAAGUCACUAAAAUUAGUGAAAAGAAAGAUUCUGAUAUCCAGGAUAGGCUCCAGACUGUUUCCAGAAAUUCUCUAUCUCUAAAUAGUCAGAUAAUAAACCCUAUCAAAGAGGUUAAAUUAAUUCGUACUUUAUCAACUUUCAAGAAUCUAAAAAAUCAUGACAUUGAGGACUUCCCAAACAUCUUUAAGCAAGCUACAACCAGAAGUGCAAUCUGAAGCUCUAAGCCUACUCUGAAGACAAAUAGGGAUCUGAUCAAAGAUUUGAAAAGAUGGGAAGCUUACCAAGGCGGAAAUAAACCAAGAGUAACGAACCAUAAAAAGACUCAUAGUAAUGUUAAUAACGCAGGGUCUGAUAAUAUUCAAAAACGAAAAGAUGGAACUUUAUACUUAAAAUCCAUAAAUUUCGCAAGAUCUUUCACUCCCUCGCAGGCUUAAG